GAGCUUCUGCAUAAGGUCGUAUUGAUACCCUCGCGAGACAGGGGAAUCGCGCGUUACAGUUUUUUUUUUCUCUCUCGAGAAUUGCGGAAUUAAUUUUUUUUAAGGGAAGUGACCACAGUGAUGAACGAUAGUUUUGUUAAAUCGCAAAAAUCAGACCUAAUUCGAAGCUCAAGAUGAGGACAAUACUUUUAAUCUUCCUACACGUAUCUCUAUCAAUCGGACUCGAUUCCUCGCCCAGUCUCGGUCCGAACGUGGAACAACUAUCUCCAAUCUACUACACCAACAAAACGUCCGAGCCUCGCAACUACCAAUCGAGUGCCAUACAGAAUUACAACGUCGAGAUUCCAAAUGAACCCUACACCAUAGGCUUCCAAUAUCACAAUUACGAGCAGAUGACGAAAUUCCUGCGGGCGACGACGUCCAGAUUUCCAACCCUCACCGCUCUGUACUCCAUUGGAAAAUCCGUACAGGGCAGAGAUCUAUGGGUCAUGGUGGUUUCGGCGUCACCGUACGAGCACAUGAUCGGCAAACCAGACGUGAAGUACGUCGCCAAUAUGCACGGCAACGAGGCGAUCAGCCGCGAGUUGAUGUUGCACUUAAUUCACCACUUGGUCAUGAGCUACUCCAGCGACCCUUACAUUAGAUGGCUGUUGGACAACACCCGCAUUCACAUCUUACCCUCGAUGAAUCCCGACGGAUUCGAGGUGGCGAAAGAGGGUACCUGCGAUGGUGGACAGGGGAGGUACAACGCGCGAGGUUUCGAUUUGAACCGCAAUUUCCCCGACUACUUCAAGCAGAACAACAAGCGCACCCAGCCCGAAACCGACGCGGUUAAGGAAUGGAUUUCGAAAAUUCAAUUCGUCCUGUCCGGAAGUCUGCACGGUGGCGCUCUGGUCGCGAGCUAUCCGUUUGACAACACACCAAACUCGCUGUUCCAGAACUAUGCAGCGCCAUCUCUAACACCGGACGACGACGUUUUCAAACACCUAGCCUUAAUUUACGCGACUAACCAUGCCAAAAUGAGUAGAGGUGUCGCGUGUAAGUCUUCCACGCCAGGAUUCAAGCAAGGUAUCACCAACGGAGCGGCGUGGUACCCCCUGACCGGAGGCAUGCAAGACUUCAACUACGUCUGGUACGGUUGCAUGGAGGUCACCUUGGAGGUGUCAUGUUGUAAAUACCCACCAGCUCAAGAGAUCCCCCGCUACUGGGAGGACAACAAAAUGUCGUUAAUCAAAUUCCUAUCGGAAGCUCAUAGGGGAGUUCACGGUUUUGUAAUGGACGAGGGAGGCAGUCCCAUCGAGAAGGUAUCGUUGAAGAUCAAGGCGCGCGAUAUCGGUUUUCAGACGACACGCUACGGUGAGUUUUGGCGAAUUCUUCUGCCGGGAAUGUACAAGCUGGAAGUGUAUGCUGAUGGAUUCGUGCCGCGAGAAAUUGAGUUUAUGGUUGUGAAUGAUCAUCCGACAUUAUUAAAUGUUACUUUAUACCCGGCUAAGGUAAGUCUUCGUAAAGAUGGCGCUUAUUACCGUCCACAUCCACCGCCGCACUUUCAACAACACGGACCACAGCACCAAUCACCGCACCAUCCGAAAGAGGCAAAUGGAAUAAUUUCGUCGAUUUCGAGCGGUUUCAACAACCUCUUUGGAAACAUAUUUGGAUAAUAACAAAACCAGUUUUAGUUUCAAUAGCCCGUUGCGUAUAGUCCGAAGGAAAUGAUCUCUACAUAAUAUACAAAUGCAUUUAUGAAAUUUUAAUUUAUUGAUGGGCUACGCGAGCCUCAAGCCUGUAGAAAAAAAAAUUGUGAAAAUAAAGUUAUUUAUUUACUU